AUGAAUACACUUGCACACGUCCCGAGUGGCCCCAAAGACAUCCUUUUACAGCCUCAAUCCAGGUUAUUCGCGCUUCCGCGGGAGUUGCGUGAUCUGGUCUAUGAGUACUAUCUUAUGGCUGCGGAUGGGUAUCAUUAUAAUCAUGAGACAGGGAAGCUGACACAGAUUGGGGGCCAGCCCAUAGAUAUCGCUCUUACCUACACUUGCAAACUGGCAACUGUUGAGAUAAAUGGUCGCGCGCUUACUCUAAACGCCAUCACGUUCACCACAGCUCAUGACGAAGGAAUCCGCGACCGGGCAGGACAGUACGCACUGAUCGUACAAAGACUUGAGGCUUUGAAGUCAGGCAUACUUUGCGCUGUCUAUGAAUGCAUCGAAUCAUCGACCAGCAGCGAGUUUGAGCCCGAAUUCUCGUAUCUUCUACCCGUCAUCAGCCAACUUCGGACGUUGGGAGCGGACCACGAACUCGUUCAUAAGAGUUGGGGCGAAACCCCCUCGCUUCAUCGCCGAUUUGUCGUACGAGCUCUGGAAAUACUCUCCGAACACACGAAUUUCAGCGAAAGAAUCACUAGCGACGUCAACAUAGGGCGGUUUGGCGAUCGCGUCCAUGAGAUUCUCUCGCUAGAUGACUCGCCCUGGAACACACCAGAUAGCAACGAGAUAGCCAACAUGUGGCGCGUUCUGGACGAUGAACCAAUGUUCCUUGAGAUAUGGGAAAGAACUAAACACAGAUUCUCCGCGGCAGCGACAGCGAUACGGUUCCUUUCGUCACUGCCCAAAUCUACGCGAUGUCGCAUUCGUCGUGUGCUCUUGGACGAGGACCGCGUGUCAGUUGCUUGGCCUGAGUGCCACGCCCAAGGGUUGAUUCCCUUCUGUCAGGAAAAUGGCGCGCUUCGAGUGGAGCGACGAGUUGAUUUGUGGAGAAACGCACUUCCUGGUGGUGCCGAGCCGAUAAAUUGCGUCGCCAGUGCAGCAAGAAGUCAUCAUCCUCAAGAUCGUAUGGAUCGUCUGCGCGCCGGAUACAUCACAAACCCAUGCUUAGCACCCUGGAUCAUGGAAGCACUCGCCCUUGACGGUCUGGGCAUGCCACCUCAAUGCUUCAAGCUGAAACUCGAUGGACAGCCAACACCAGAAAGGAGCUCCGAAGUUUUCAAGGUCGUGCAGCGGGACGCCGCAUGGCAGACUGCCUUCGAGAGACAUUUUGCAGAGCAACACGAUACCCCCAGCUGGUUCGAAAUGAGGGAUAAUGGAAGCUACCAAAUGAGAGGAUUUCCGGAGGCCAUCACAGCCAUCGUCCGAGGAACAUCGAUUGUUAGCUGCAACUUCGAUACUGAUACUCCAGAAGACCCGGAUACUAUAGCGCAGGAUGGACGUCACUGGACGAUGGGUGAAUGGGAGCAGCAAUGGCGUAUGCACGAACCUCGCGCGUUCAAUACCGCAGUGCCAUUGCCUGGCUGGGAAAGCCUUCGUCUCUCAGAGGAGGCAUUGCCGGAAUGA